AACACUUUCAGCCACAGCAAAUCGUCAAGUCAUUAGUGCCUUCGUGGAACACGCUGGUUUUCUUUGAAGUGUCUCCAGUCUCUUUCCACCAGGUGUCGGAAGUUCUGUCUCGGGAGAAGUGCCGCUUGUCAGUGAGCGGCUGGUUUCACGGUCCAUCAAUAGUCAGACCUGCACGCUACCAUGACUCUCCCUUGCCCAGGAGCCCACACAUUCCCUGCGAUCAUGAAAUCUUGUAUGAGUGGAUCAAUCUAGUUUAUUUGGACAUGGAUUCCCAAGCUCAAAUCCAGGAGGAAUUUGAGGAGCGAUCAGAAAUUCUCCUGAAAGAUUUUCUCAAGAAAGAGAAAUACCAACUACUGUGUGAAGCUCUGGAGAGCAAAGCCAUCCAGUGGAGUAGCCGGGGGCCUGCCAAUAAGAGGCUCUAUGAGACAGCGGAGGAAGACAGCCUCCCUGACGUCCUGAAGAAGUUCCUGCAUUUCUUACGCUCUGAGGCCUUGUUUUUACUGCUGUCCAACUUCACUGGCCUGAAGCUGCACUUCCUGGCUCCCUCUGAUGAGGAUGAAGAUGCUGGGGAAGGAAGAGCAGAUGACACUGCUGGGCACAGUGGUCCCAAACCUGAGCAGGAAGAGGCCGAACAACACGCUGAGAGCAGUCCCCAUCAGCCAGACCAGCCUGACAACAUCCCUGAAGCACAAGACAGCGAGAAGCAGAAUGGUACCCCUGUGUGCGCAGGGGAGCUGAGGCGCUGGACCCACAGGCACUACACUCUGGUCCACGACACUCAGGCAACCGAAUUUGCCCUCGACCUGCUCUUCUUCUGCGGCUGCGAGGACUGGGAUCCAGAAUAUGGUGGCUUUACUUCCUACAUCGCUAAAGGUGAAGACGAGGAGCUGUUGACAGUGAAUCCAGAGGACAACUGCUUGGCCUUAGUUUAUAGGGACAAAGAAACCAUGAAGUUUGUGAAAUACAUCAAUCACCAUAGCUUGGCACGCCUGAAAAAGCAUCCAAACAGAACAGGAUUUUGGGAUUUUUCCUUUGUCUAUUACGAGUGA